CGCAGCAGGAAUGAGCAAUGGAGGGUAACCUUCAGAACAGGAAAUAAUAUCAUACCUGCGGUUGCCAUGUAAGAGGGAAUUGUCCACAGUUGUGAAGAAAUCGUUUGACCAUGGACCCUGAGUACAGCCUCCAGGAUGUGGUACGGUGUCAUCUCUGUGAGACCCCGGUCCCCCCUCUACACUGUGUCAUUUGUAACAGACAUCUGUGUAAAGAAUGUGAGGGGAAACAUCUCUCUGAUCAAUCCAAACAACACAAAGUGGUGCCAUUCAAAUAUCGGGGAGCUUUUCCUAAAUGUCAAAAACAUUCCACAAAAAUAUGUGACCAAUACUGUGAACAAUGCAACAUUCCUAUUUGUGAACUCUGUUUUUCCUCUAAGAAACACCAAACUCAUGAUGUUGUGGAUAUUUUGGAAAGUUUAAAAAGCAAAACACAAUUCUUACAGAAAGAUUUACAAGAUUUUGAAAAAUUAAUUAAUCCUAAAUAUCAAGAGAUUUUAUCUAGCAUUUCAGAGCAAAAGGCUGAUCUGAGAGAAAACUCCCAGAAAUUGACAACAGUAAUCAACAAACAUGGAGAAGACUUGCACAGAGAAAUAGACAUCUUUAUACAGAAACUGAAAUCUGAUCUUGAUGCAAUAGACACCAAACACCUGGUUGUCCUAAAUCAACAGGAAAAUGAAAUCACACACACCAUUUCUGAAAUCACACAGACCAUUGCUGAUCUGAAGAAGUUACUGGACUCCAAUGAUGUCAGCCUUGUUUCUGCCUACAAAUCCAGGUAUGCUGAAUUCAGAAGAUUGCCUCCUAAACUCACAGUGGCCUUACCAAGUUUUACCCCUCAGAUCAACAAAAAACAGCUUUAUCAACAGUUUGGUUCUCUGUCAGCGUCAUCUAUCAAAACAGAAGAACAUGGCUACGCAAUAGGUUCUUACUGGGACAGACCGCUCAUUGAUGUACCACAGAUCAUCACAGAGAUAUACACUAAGUAUGGAGGAUACUUACAUGGAUUAUGCAGUGUGUCCUGUGCGAGUGAUGAAGAUAUCUGGACGUGUGGUUAUUAUAACAAGAUGAGUCUCUACAACCUGCAGGGGGAACUAGUGAAGUCAGUCCAAACCAAGUCAGGGAACGUUCCAGAGGACAUAGCAGUGACAAGGAGUGGGGAUCUAGUUUAUACUGAUUACGGUGAUAGAACUGUGAACAUAGUGAAGAAUACACAGAUACAGACAGUGAUCAGACUACGGGGGUGGAAACCUCGCAGUGUCUGUAGUACCUCCUCUGGUGACUUCCUGGUUGUCAUGAACAGUGAUGAUGAUAAACCAACAAAAGUUGUGCGUUACUCUGGCUCCACAGAGAAACAAAGUAUUCAGUACGACGACAAAGGACAACCUCUCUAUUCUUUUGGUGACAUAAAAUACAUCAGUGAGAACAGGAACCUAGAUAUCUGUGUGUCAGACUAUGGAGCACGAGCAGUAGUGGUGGUCAAUCAGGCCGGGAAACUCCGGUUUACCUACACUGGUCGUCCCUCUACUACCAAGGGAUCAUUCUAUCCACGCGGCAUCACAACAGACAACCAGGGUCGGAUCCUGACAGCAGACUGCAACAACCACUGUAUCCACAUCCUGGAUCAGGACGGACAGUUCCUCCGCUACGUUGACAACUGUGAUUUACAGAAUCCAUGGGGUCUAUGUGUGGACACCAGAGACAACCUCUUUGUGGCUGAGUACCACACAGGUAAAGUGAAGAAAAUACAAUAUUAUAUGUAAAUAAACAACACAUGUGACAAUACACAAACAAUAGAUGAAGUGUAUAUACAUUUAAAUAGCCUCUAUAUGUACAUGUUAGCACUGUUAUUCAUUAAAACUGUUGUUUGUCAUGUAAACAAAUUAUAUGAUGACAUUUUGUGUACAUGUUUAUUGAUUCCACGUAAAGAAUUGUUCUACAUAGGGAUGUCUUUUAGUUGAAAUAAGUCCAGAGGGCUCACCUGUUCUAUACAACACAGACUUCAAUCAUGUUUUGGCUAGCAUUCAUGGAAUGACAAUUAACAAGUUCAGUUUUUACACAAGAUGAAUUUUACCAAAACCCUUGAUGCAUAAUGUGCAUGAUGGCUUCAAUUUUUAUUGACCUCAUAUUGAGUGGUCAACUAAGAAAACUUGUUGACAUCUAUUGUUAUACAUUUGAUGUAUCCUUUAGUGAUUUGCUUUUUUAUUAGAUACUGCUGGGAAAAGUUUGUUGUUGCUCAUUACUCAUAACAUAUUGAGUUUAAUAAAACAACCACAAUACAUUUGUUUAUCUCAGUAUAUUUUUUUCUGUUAAAUUAUUUGGUUUAAUGGUAUUUGAUUUGAACAUGUUUUAUUACGCAAAUAUAUAUUUACAUAUUAAC